AUGGUUGUUGCUGCUGCUGAUGAUGAUGACGAUAAUCGAUAUCCAUCAUCCCCUCUUUAUGGCCUGUGCAUCCCGUUUGGUGUACCUCAGCCUCUUGUUUCUGAAGCAGCUCUUAUUCAUCCAGGAAACACCAAGGUUAAUGUUGUUGGGCCUUCCUCUGGACCUUGGUUUCAGAUAGGGCAGCAUACCGGGGGAGUUUCGGCAGUAUUCUGCAGGGCUGUUGUAUCUGUACCAGAGGGACUUAGCCUUGCAUGGGUGCCGUGGUCCUUGAAGGAGAGUUAA